UGCGACCUCUGCUUCCGAGAAUUUCCGAAUAUUGUCGAAUUCGAAUCUCACUAUGCAGAAGCUCACACGCACCAAUGCGCUGCUUGUGCAAAAAUGUUCAUUAGCGAGAGAGCUUUGGAAGUUCAUAGCGACGAAACUCAUUGUCCUUUCCACUCCUUGAACGUUGAGAGGGACCCGAGCGGAAAUCAUUUCAAGUGCUAUGACGAACAAUGUGGGAGCACUUUCAAGAGUGCCAUCGAAAGAGAUGAGCAUUGCCAGAAAGUUCAUAAUAUCACUGACGUUGAAGUAACGAUCGAAAAGCGGAAGUUGGCCAGAAGAAUGGACGAGCUGCAACUCACACUUGGGAAGAUGAAAGUAUCCAAGAAAAGAGCUGUGCCUCGUUCUGUCAAAUUCGGGGAACAAGAGAAGACGUUUGCUGGUGUUCGAAGUACAAAAGCUGGAAAUCUCUUCAAAAUGGCCAAAAUGUGGAAGGAGGCUGGCGAUGCUUUUGUGAGAGCUGCUGAACUUCACGGAGCAAAGGGUGAUUCAAAACAUGACUGUGCGAGCCAAUAUGCCGAGGCAGCAAAUUGCUAUAGAAAAAUCAAUCCUCAGCUUGCCGUUGACUGUCUCACGAAAACUUCGGAAAUUUACACCGACAUGGGCCGUUUUAAUAUGGCUGCAAAGAAUCAUGUGACCAUUGCUGAAUUGUAUGAGAAUGAGUGUCCAGACUUGGAGCAGUGCAUUCAACAUUAUCAGAAAGCUGCCGAUUAUUAUAAGGGCGAGGAAGCCAAAAGUAGUGCAACAAAAUGUUUGAUCAAAGUGGCACAGUAUGCCGCACAACUGGAGCAGUAUCAAAAAGCGAUAUCAGUAUUCGAAGAAAUUGCUAUGUGGGAGGCUGACCAUCCCACCUUGAAAUAUGCGGCCAAAAAUCACUUCUUCCAAGCUCUUUUGUGCUAUCUUUGCGUGGAUAUUGUGAGUUUUUCUCAUUUUCUCUUUAUAAGUGAUAUUAUGACCCGUAUCUGAGU